AUGGCAGUCUCCUCCUCCGCCCUUUUCCGCGUUUUCGCCUCCAGCAAGGCGCCGCUCGCGACCCCGUUCGCCGUGACAGUGCGUCAGAACCCGAAGGCCUGCAACGUCGCUUCGUUCUCUCAGUUCUCGCGUGCGCAGAGCGUUCGCGCCAGCAUGGCGCCGCUCGCCGCGCAGGGCAACGCGCAGCUCCCGGCGCUCUUUGCGACUUCCAAGACUUGGCUCGAGGGCAAGCGCGGCUUCAGCUCGCAGACCGGAGCCGACGUGGCGAAGGAUCUUUUGAAAACUAUCCAGAGCGAGAUCCAGCAUGAGCAGUCCACCUACGAACAGGACAACGAACUCACGCAGUUCAUCAAGAACUCCGGAUGGACGGUCUCCGAGAGCGACAACAACAUGAUGGUCACCCUCCAGAAGCAAGUCGGAAACAAGAAGGUCCUCGUCGAGUUCAGCUGCGUGCAGAGCGCAGAGGCGCCGACUGAGGAGGGGCCGGUGCCGGAGAUGUCCGACUUCACGGUAACGAUUACGAACCCCGACGAGUCGGGCGUGACUUUCUACUGCAGCACGACUCAGGACGAAGAGGACAAGUUCCGCUACUGCAUCGGCCAGGUCCGCUUCUUCAAGAACGCCGAGGAGAAGGAGAGCCUCAGCGUGUACCCGGGCCCGUACUUUGAGGACCUGGACGACUCCUUCCAGCAGGGUCUCGACGACUGGCUCGCCAAGAUGGGCGUCGACCCCGAGCUCUGCGACUUCAUCGACCGCUUCUCCGUCGACAAGGAGAACCGCGAGUACCUCGGUUGGCUGAAGAAGCUCGCCCACUUCGUCGAGAACUAA